UUGUCGUUUUCCUCUGCGUCUUGAUAUUUUUGGGGGGUCAAAUGUUUCUGUUGUAUCAUCAGGCAUUCUUCAAAACUUGAUUUAUUUAUCAUAGUCUCAUCCACUCAAAGUCUCAACAAUGCUCAAGCUAUCUGUCGUAGUAUUAUUGAAGUGUUAUUGAAUACCAGCAGAAAUAGCCUAUGGAUUAUUAUGAUUAUAGUAAUAAUCAAAACCAUCUAUUUGCCGUGUCAGACAGAUAACAGGAGAGGUCAGUGUGUUGUGUUGGAAGCAUAUCAUUAAGAUGUGUUUGGUCACAUGACAUGACCAUGCUUCAGCUCUCUCCUCUCCUCUCCUGUCCUCUUCUCUCCUAUCAUGUCCUCUCAUGUCCUGUCCUCUCCUCUUCUAUCCUCUUCUCUCCUAUCCUCUCCUAUCAUGUCCUCUCCUGUCCUCUCAUAUCCUCUCCUCUUCUCUCCUGUCCUCUCCUGUCCUCUCCUCUUCUCUCCUGUCCCGUCCUCUCCUAUCCUGUCCCGUCCUCUCCUAUCAUGUCCUCUUCUAUCCCCUUCUAUCCUCUUCUCUCCUCUCCUCUCCUCUCCUAUCCUCUCCUCUUCUCUCCUGUUCUGUCCUAUCAUCUCCUCUUCAUUCCUCUCCUGUCAUCUCCUCUCCUCUUCUCUCCUGUCCUGUCUUCUCCUGUCCUCUCCUCUCCUCUCCUAUCCUCUUCUCUCCUAUCCUGUCCUCUUCUAUCCUCUCCUGUCCUCUCCUCUCCUCUUCUCUCCUGUCCUGUCCUCUCCUCUCCUCUUCUGUCCUGUCUUCUCCUGUCCUCUCCUAUCCUCUUCUCUCCUAUCCUAUCCUGUCCUCUCCUGUCCUCUCCUGUCCUCUCCUCUUCUCUCCUCUUCUCUCCUGUCCUCUCAUGUCCUCUCCUCUUCUCUCCUGUCCUCUCCUGUCCUCUCCUCUCCUCUCCUCUUCUCUCCUAUCCUGUCCUCUCCUAUCACGUCCUCUCCUGUCCUCUCCUCUCCUCUUCUCUUCUCUUCUCUUCUCUCCUGUCCUGUCCUCUCCUGUCCUCUCCUCUCCUGUCCUCUUCUCUCCUGUCCUGUCCUCUCCUAUCCUGUCCCGUCCUCUCCUAUCAUGUCCUCUUCUAUCCCCUUCUAUCCUCUUCUCUCCUCUCCUCUCCUCUCCUAUCCUCUCCUCUCCUCUUCUCUCCUGUUCUGUCCUAUCCUCUCCUCUUCUCUCCUGUCCUCUCCUGUCCUCUCCUCUUCUCUCCUGUCCCGUCCUCUCCUAUCCUGUCCCGUCCUCUCCUAUCAUGUCCUCUUCUAUCCCCUUCUAUCCUCUUCUCUCCUCUCCUCUCCUCUCCUAUCCUCUCCUCUUCUCUCCUGUUCUGUCCUAUCAUCUCCUCUCCUCUUCUCUCCUGUCCUGUCCUGUCCUUUCCUCUCCUCUCCUCUUCUCUCCUGUCCUGUCCUCUUCUCUCCUAUCAUGUCCUCUCCUGUCCUCUCUUCUCCUCUUCUCUCCUUUCCUGUCCUGUCCUCCUGUCCUGUCCUGUCCUCUGUCCUUUCCUGUCCUCUACCCUCCUCUUCUCUCCUGUCCUCUCCUCUCCUCUCCUCUUCUCUCCUGUCCUGUCCUGUCCUCUCCUCUCCUGUCCUCUUCUCUCCUGUCCUCUUCUCUCCUGUCCUCUUCUCUCCUGUCCUCUACUGUCCUGUAUGUCCUGCCGAGAGAGUUUGAGGUGAGAGAGAAGUUACACAUAACAGAAUGUGAUAGAGAAAUAGACUGUGAUAGAGAUACAGCCAUGCAUACUGCAACUAUCCGGCACCAACAGUCAAGCUCACAAAAACACGUGAGGGUUACAUGUGAAGGUUGUUGGGUGUAUACAUUGUCACAUAUAACAUUCUCCUUUGGUGCUGUAGGGUUCUUCAAAUGAUUUAAGAACACUACCAAGAACAGCAAAAAGAGAAAAAAUCCUAUUGUGUAUGCAAAAGGCUGCGUCAUACAUACAUUUCAGUGUGUGGCUAGAUACACCGACAAGCAUUGAAAUGCAUUUGUAGCAAAUGUUCUACACAGAAUAUACUGUCAUUCAGCAUGGUCUUGUUUAGUAUUCCAGUCUCAUAGUCCACACGUGGGUGAGGGGAGACAAAAGCCUUCCUUCCAGUCUCUCUGCUGCUAGUCCGUCUGUACUAACUCUACUGCUGCUGCAGGGGAUGGGAGCUCUGCUACUGAAACACUGAGGUAUAAACCGUGCAGGGGCGGUGCCUGCGUUCCUGCGGACCCCCACCAUGAUCCAGCCACACCUGGAUAUGAAGCCCUUCCUGCAGUUCCCCAUGGACACAGCUCCACCACAACACAGCAUGGGCCUGUUUCACAACUUCAACACUAUGGACCCAGUGCAGAAGGCGGUGAUCAACCAUACCUUUGGCGUUCCACUGGUGAAAACCAAGAGGCCAAUCAUCUCUUGUAACGUCUGCCAGAUACGCUUCAACUCUGAGAGCCAGGCAGAAGCCCACUACAAAGGCAACCGCCAUGCACGGAGAGUCAAAGGCAUCGAGACCUCCAAGAGUCGCCCCCAGGAGGGUGACAAGUCCGGCCGACCUGCUCCCCUCAACUCCUCUCCAUCCCUCCCUGGUGAAUCCCCUACCUCCGCCCCUGACAUCAGCGACCCCUGUAACCCAGAUGAACCACGCCUCUCUCUGCCACCACUGUUAAACGGGGUGCCUCUCAUGGCCCUGCCUGCGCCCCUACCCCCCCUGCCUCCCCUCUCCACCCCUCCUACCCCCGACUCCCCCCUUGCCCCCUCUGUGUAUCCCAUGCUGACCACUCCCACCCUCACCCCUUCUCCCCUUCUCCCCUCAUCCUCUGACUCCCCCAUGGGUUUCGACACCACCAACCCUGAGCAGAGUGGUGUUCUAGUGGUCCCUGUGACUCCCGGGGCCCCAGCCGGCCCAGAGACAGAGGAGGACAAGGCCAAGAAGCUCCUCUACUGCUCACUGUGCAAAGUGUCCGUCAACUCCCUCUCACAGCUGGAGGCUCACAACAAAGGUACCAAACACAAAACUAUCCUGGAGGCUCGCAGUGGGCUGGGUCCUAUCAAGGCGUACCCUCGGCUGGGCCUCAAACACCCGGGGGAGCUGGGAGGGGGACCACUGGACCCCAACACUGAGGAACGCACCUUCCACUGUGAGAUCUGCAACAUUCGGGUCAACUCUGAACUUCAACUCAAACAGCACAUAUCUAGUCGAAGGCACCGGGACGGAGUGGCAGGGAAACCUAACCCUCUACUCAGCCGACACAAGAAGCACAGGGUAGCUGACCUCACGUCCUCUCUGAACUUCUCUAAGGAUCUCUCCAAAUGUUUGGGGGCAGGGCUCUUGCCCAGUCCCCUGGCUGUUGCUGCGGCGAUGGCCGCAGCCGCUUCCUCAAACCACCAAUUGGCUCAGCUUCGUGCUGCAGCAGCAUCUUCGGCCCAGCACCACCCGCAUCACCACCACCACCACCACCUAUUACAGGGCCCACCUCUCAGCCAUGCCAUCUUAAGACCCGCCCCCGGGCCCAUGCGCACCUCCCACGUGCCAAUCCUCUUCUCUCCUUACUGACUCCACCUCCUCCACCUCGGCCAGUCAGGAGCAGCCACUACAAAAGCACACUGUGAAGAAAUAAUCUACAUAAACAACAAACAAAAAUGUAUAGAGUAAACAAACAAACCAUCGGUAAACAAAGAAAAAGUUCAAACAUGUAGAUGAGAAGAAAUGAAAGCGAAGAGAGCACCUGAAAGAAGGAGAUGUUGGAGUCCCUCAUUUUCCUUUUUCCCUGACCUAAAACUCUCCUUCCAUCACAGAGGCUUGUGACUGUGAGUGAUAGACUGAUGGAGAGAGAACGAGAGAGGGCAAUAGAAGGAGAGAUACUCAGUAUGCAUUGGAUGGACUGCAGUAUGCUUGUUCAUCUCUCGCCUCUCUCUCCCCACACACUGUGAGAUCCAUCACACUGAUGGCUCUUAUAAAACACACACACACACACACACACACACACACACACACACACACACACACACACACACACACACACACACACACACACACAAAGACACACACCACGUGCACACACACACACACACACACACACACACACACACACACACACACACACACACACACACACACACACACCCCUCCACUGCAGCUAACUGUUUCAGAACAGUAUGUGCUGGGUAUACAUACUCUUUCCUCAUCAUUCUGGUCGUAAGUGUUCUUACUGUACUAUGCACCUCCAAACCAAGAGAAUAAUGUCACUGCAGUAUGUCAGAUAGAAUUAAUGUCACUGCAGUAUGUCAGUACAGAGAGAAUAAUGUCACUGCAGUAUGUCAGUACAGAGAGAAUAAUGUCACUGCAGUAUGUCAGUACAGAGAGAAUAAUGUCACUGCAGUAUGUCAGAGAGAAUAAUGUCACUGCAGUAUGUCAGCGAGAAUAAGGUUACUGCAGUAUGUCAGUAAAGAGAGAAUAAUGUCACUGCAGUAUGUCAGAGAGAAUAGGGUUACUGCAGUAUGUUAGAUAGAAUUAUGUCACUGCAGUAUGUCAGAGAGAAUAAUGUCACUGCAGUAUGUCAGAGAGAAUAAUGUCAAUGCGAUAUGUCAGAAAGAAUAAUGUCACUGCAGUAUGUCAGUACAGAGAGAAUAAUGUCACUGCAGUAUGUCAGUACAGAGAGAAUAAUGUCACUGCAGUAUGUCAGAGAGAAUAAGGUUACUGCAGUAUGUCAGUACAGAGAGAAUAAUGUCACUGCAGUAUGUCAGAGAGAAUAAGGUUACUGCAGUAUGUCAGUACAGAGAGAAUAAUGUCACUACAGUAUGUCAGAGAGAAUAAGGUUACUGCAGUAUGUCAGUACAGAGAGAAUACUGUCACUGCAGUAUGUCAGUACAGAGAGAAUAAUGUCACUGCAGUAUGUCAGUACAGAGAGAAUAAUGUCACUGCAGUAUGUCAGUACAGAGAGAAUAAUGUCACUGCAGUAUGUCAGAGAGAAUAAGGUUACUGCAGUAUGUCAGUACAGAGAGAAUAAUGUCACUGCAGUAUGUCAGAGAGAAUAAGGUUACUGCAGUAUGUCAGUACAGAGAGAAUACUGUCACUGCAGUAUGUCAGUACAGAGAGAAUAAUGUCACUGCAGUAUGUCAGUACAGAGAGAAUAAUGUCACUGCAGUAUGUCAGUACAGAGAGAAUAAUGUCACUGCAGUAUGUCAGAGAGAAUAAGGUUACUGCAGUAUGUCAGUACAGAGAGAAUAAUGUCACUGCAGUAUGUCAGAGAUAAUAAGGUUACUGCAGUACGUCAGUACAGAGAGAAUAAUGUCACUGCAGUAUGUCAGAGAGAAUAAGGUUACUGCAGUAUGUCAGUACAGAGAGAAUAAUGUCACUGCAGUAUGUCAGAGAGAAUAAGGUUACUGCAGUAUGUCAGUACAGAGAGAAUAAUGUCACUGCAGUAUGUCAGAGAUAAUAAGGUUACUGCAGUAUGUCAGUACAGAGAGAAUAAUGUCACUGCAGUAUGUCAGUACAGAGAGAAUAAUGUCACUGCAGUAUGUCAGAGAGAAUAAUGUCACUGCAGUAUGUCAGAGAGAAUAAUGUCACUGCAGUAUGUCAGAGAGAAUAAUGUCACUGCAGUAUGUCAGAGAGAAUAAGGUUACUGCAGUAUGUCAGUACAGAGAGAAUAAUGUCUCGGCAGUAUGUCAGAGAUAAUAAGGUUACUGCAGUAUGUCAGUACAGAGAGAAUAAUGUCACUGCAGUAUGUCAGUACAGAGAGAAUAAUGUCACUGCAGUAUGUCAGAGAGAAUAAGGUUACUGCAGUAUGUCAGUACAGAGAGAAUAAUGUCACUGCAGUAUGUCAGUACAGAGAGAAUAAUGUCACUGCAGUAUGUCAGAGAGAAUAAUGUCACUGCAGUAUGUCAGAGAGAAUAAGGUUACUGCAGUAUGUCAGUACAGAGAGAAUAAGGUUACUGCAGUAUGUCAGUACAGAGAGAAUAAUGUCACUGCAGUAUGUCAGAGAGAAUAAUGUCACUGCAGUAUGUCAGAGAGAAUAAGGUUACUGCAGUAUGUCAGUACAGAGAGAAUAAUGUCACUGCAGUAUGUCAGUACAGAGAGAAUAAUGUCACUGCAGUAUGUCAGAGAGAAUAAGGUUACUGCAGUAUGUCAGUACAGAGAGAAUAAUGUCACUGCAGUAUGUCAGUACAGAGAGAAUAAUGUCACUGCAGUAUGUCAGAGAGAAUAAGGUUACUGCAGUAUGUCAGUACAGAGAGAAUAAUGUCACUGCAGUAUGUCAGAGAGAAUAAUGUCACUGCAGUAUGUCAGAGAGAAUAAUGUCACUGCAGUAUGUCAGAGAGAAUAAUGUCACUGCAGUAUGUCAGAGAGAAUAAUGUCACUGCAGUAUGUCAGUUCAGAGAGAAUAAUGUCACUGCAGUAUGUCAGAGAGAAUAAUGUCACUGCAGUAUGUCAGAGAGAAUAAUGUCACUGCAGUAUGUCAGUACAGAGAGAAUAAUGUCACUGCAGUAUGUCAGUACAGAGAGAAUAAUGUCACUGCAGUAUGUCAGAGAGAAUAAUGUUACUGCAGUAUGUCAGAGAGAAUAAGGUUACUGCAGUAUGUCAGAGAGAAUAAUGUCACUGCAGUAUGUCAGUUCAGAGAGAAUAAUGUCACUGCAGUAUGUCAGUUCAGAGAGAAUAAUGUCACUGCAGUAUGUCAGAGAGAAUAAUGUUUCUGCAGUAUGUCAGAGAGAAUGUCACUGCAGUAUGUCAGAGAGAAUAAUGUUUCUGCAGUAUGUUAGUUCAGAGAAAAUGUCACUGCAGUAUGUCAGAGUGAAUAAUGUCACUGCAGUAUGUUAGUUCAGAGAGAAUGUCACUGCAGUAUGUCAGAGAGAAUAAUGUCACUGCAGUAUGUUAGUUCAGAGAGAAUGUCACUGCAGUAUGUCAGAGAGAAUAAUGUCACUGCAGUAUGUCAGUACAGAGAGAAUAAUGUCACUGCAGUAUGUCAGUUCAGAGAGAAUAAUGUUAAUGCAGUAUGUCAGAGAGAAAGGCACUGCAGUAUGUCAGAGGUCUUUGCUAUAAUAAUAAACAUGUCUAGUCAUGUAUAACUGUGGCAAUACUCCACGAUACAGUAAAUUCCUCUUCCUGCUCCUGGGGGCACAAUCAAAGUGAGCAAGCAACAUUGUUCCUCGUUGGUGGUGACCCCUGGGUUAUCUUCCAAUUGGCCCUGGCCCUGGGUGCUUCUCCAAUUGGUUAGAGGUGACCCUAGGUCCUUCUCCCGUUGGUGGCCCUAUAUGUCCUUGUUAGAUUAUUACUGUGGGUGACAACAAGCAGUCUCUUCCCGAUGUGUGAAGCGUGGAGGUCGGGAGAGGAGAAAAUGACUGCAGGGUACUGUGCCCUCCUGUCGUUCCUGUGGCAGUGCUAGGUGAGAGGAGGGCCAGCGCAGAUCAGUAGACUAUUUACCCUAGUUCACUGUGUAGGAGGCCGAGACACACUGCUGUUGUAACGGCUGUCGCUCUCCUCAUCCUCAGACGAGGAGAGGAGAGAAGGAUCAUCAGACCAAAAUGCAGCUUGAGGGAAAUAAGCCAUCUUUUUAUUUGGAAAAAAAACUGAUGGCAACACGAAUAACAAAAACACUUUCACAAAUACAAAACAAGAAAACGACGUAGAACGAAACCUGAACAUAAACUUACAUAACUGAAACGUAAACUCACGAACAGGAAACAGACGACAUCGAAACGAAAACGAACAGCCAAACAGUCCUGUAUGGUAAAUACAUGCAACGACACAGGAGACAAUCACCCACAAACAAACAGUGAGAACGCCCUACCUAAAUAUGACUCUUAAUUAGAGGAAAACGCAAACCACCUGCCUCUAAUCAAGAGCCAUACCAGGCAACCCAAAACCAACAUAGAAACAGAUAACAUAGACUGCCCACCCAAAACACAUGCCCUGACCAUAAACACAUAAAAAACAACAUAAAACAGGUCAGGACCGUUACAGCUGUUUGAAAAUAGACUAACAACAAAGAUGUCUGCAGGGGAAAUGUGUCAAUCUCUAUAGGGAUCACAUCUAACCUCUAUAGGGAUCACAUCUAACCUCUAUAGGGAUGACAUCUAAUCUCUAUAGGGAUGACAUCUAAUCUCUAUAGGGAUCACAUCUAACCUCUAUAUGGAUGACAUCUAAUCUCUAUAGGGAUGACAUCUAAUCUCUAUAGGGAUCACAUCUAAUCUCUAUAGGGAUCACAUCUAAUCUCUAUAGGGAUCACAUCUAACCUCUAUAGGGAUGACAUCUAACGUCUAUAGGGAUCACAUCUAACCUCUAUAGGGAUCACAUCUAACCUCUAUAGGGAUCACAUCUAAUCUCUAUAGGGAUCACAUCUAACCUCUAUAGGGAUGACAUCUAACCUCUAUAGGGAUCACAUCUAACAUUUAUAGGGAUCACAUCUAACCUCUAUAGGGAUCACAUCUAAUCUCUAUAGGGAUCACAUCUAACCUCUAUAGGGAUCACAUCUAACCUCUAUAGGGAUGACAUCUAACCUCUAUAGGGAUCACAUCUAACCUCUAUAGGGAUGACAUCUAACAUUUAUAGGGAUCACAUCUAACCUCUAUAGGGAUCACAUCUAACCUCUAUAGGGAUCACAUCUAAUCUCUAUAGGGAUCACAUCUAACCUCUAUAGGGAUCACAUCUAACAUUUAUAGGGAUCACAUCUAACCUCUAUAGGGAUCACAUCUAACCUCUAUAGGGAUCACAUCUAACCUCUAUAGGGAUCACAUCUAACCUCUAUAGGGAUCACAUCUAACCUCUAUAGGGAUCACAUCUAACCUCUAUAGGGAUCACAACUAAUCUCUAUAGGGAUCACAUCUAACCUCUAUAGGGAUCACAUCUAAUCUCUAUAGGGAUCACAUCUAAUCUCUAUAGGGAUCUUAGCUAACCUCUAUAGGGUUUACAUCUAACCUCUAUAGGGAUCACAUCUAACCUCUAUAGGGAUCACAUCUAAUCUCUAUAGGGAUCUUAGCUAACCUCUAUAGGGUUUACAUCUAACCUCUAUAGGGAUCACAGCUAACCUCUAUUGGGAUCACAGCUAACCUCUAUAGGGUUUACAGCUAACCUCUAUAGGGAUCACAGCUAACCUCUAUAGGGUUUACAUCUAACCUCUAUAGGGAUCACAGCUAACCUCUAUUGGGAUCACAGCUAACCUCUAUUGGGAUCACAGCUAACCUCUAUAGGGAUCAUAGCUAACCUCUAUAUGGUUUACAGCUAACUAUUGGGAUCACAGCUAACCUCUAUUGGGAUCACAGCUAACUCUAUAGGGAUCACAUCUAACCUCUAUAGGGUUUACAUCUAACCUCUAUAGGGAUCACAUCUAACCUCUAUAUGGAUCACAUCUAACUCUAUAGGGAUCACAUCUAACCUCUAUAUGGAUCACAUCUAACUCUAUAGGGAUCACAUCUAAACUCUAUAGGGUUUACAUCUAACCUCUAUAUGGAUCACAUCUAACUCUAUAGGGAUCACAUCUAACCUCUAUAUGGAUCACAUCUAACUCUAUAGGGAUCACAUCUAACCUCUAUAGGGAUCACAGCUAACCUCUAUAGGGAUUACAGCUAACCCUCAGCACAGGGUAGAGGAGGAUGUGUCAACCUCUAUGGGGAUUACAGCUAACCCUCAGCACAGGGUAGAGGAGAAUGUGUCAACCUCUAAAGGGAUUACAGCUAACCCUCAGCACAGGGUAGAGGAGAAUGUGUCAACCUCUAAAGGGAUUACAGCUAACCCUCAGCACAGGGUAGAGGAUGAUGUGUCAACCUCUAUAGGGAUUACAGCUAACCCUCAGCACAGGGUAGAGGAGGAUGUGUCAACCUCUAUAGGGAUUACAGCUAACCCUCAGCACAGGGUAGAGGAGGAUGUGUCAACCUCUAUAGGGAUUACAGCUAACCCUCAGCACAGGGCAGAGGAGGAUGUGUCAACCUCUAUAGGGAUUACAGCUAACCCUCAGCACAGGGUAGAGGAGGAUGUGUCAACCUCUAUAGGGAUUACAGCUAACCCUCAGCACAGGGUAGAGGAGGAUGUGUCAACCUCUAUAGGGAUUACAGCUAACCCUCAGCACAGGGUAGAGGAUGAUGUGUCAACCACUAUAGGGAUUACAGCUAACCCUCAGCACAGGGUAGAGGAGAUAAUAAACAGAGGAGGAGAUGCAGCAGAGGUAGAGAGAGAGAGAAAACACUGAAGUGACAACCACCCAGUAGUUCCAGCAUAGCAAGUUCACACAUACUGUAUUUAGGGCAGAAAGACCCUGCCCAGCACCUGGUUUAUUUUGGAUUCCCCCUUUCCUGUUUUAAAACAGAAAGCCAUGCAAUGCAUAUUAUUUUACCAUGAUUGAUCAAUAAUGUUGUUAGUUUGGUUUCCUGGUUGGUUAAUUUUCAUAGUUACACAAUUAUACAAGAAGAAACUAGUGAUGUGCAAAUUAUGGAGAAAACAAACUAUUUAUAUGUUUCUAUCUAGGAGGGAAUGGCUGCUCACUGCGCUCAGGGAGAAGGGUGGAGGAGUGAAGACUGGAGAAGAGAAGGCUGGAAGAGAGAAGGCUGGGAGAGAGAAGGCUGGGAGAGAGAAAGGUGGAGGAGAGAAGGCUAGAAGAGAGAAGGCUGGAAGAGAGAAGGCUGGAAGAGAGAAGGCCCUGCUGGACACUGCUAUAACACUAUAGUACUGAGUCGAGUUCGAAAAGGCACAAAACAGAUGAACAGAGGGGAGGUACCACCUGAAUUUGCAUUUAUUUUCUGUUACAAAACGUUUUUAAACAUUCUGCCCUAAUGAACACGACCCUAACGAAGAUGUACACUACCCUUCCAUUGAGAAGCAAUGUACUCUAAUGUCUUACCUUUGGUCGGAUAUGACGAUGCAAUGAGCAAUUUGAGCGGAGAGAGUUAACAUGUUAUUGUUAAGCGUAAAAAAUGUGUUGUACACUACAGGGAUAUAUACAGUUACAAUUGAUUGGGUUAGGAGUUCUUCCUAAUCACAGAUGACCUCACCAGGUAACACUCUGGGUCUUAUAGUGCUUUCAAGACAAGACAACACUGGGGGAAAAUCAUGACGUCAGUGAUCUUCAGGUCGGGAAGUUGGAGCUCUAGAAAGAGGCCCGAGUUCCUGACUUGGAAUUCCGAGUUGGAUGACAAUUCUUUUCCUAAUUCCCAGUUAUCUUGAGUGCACUGAAGUCGGAAGUCUAAGAGUUCCCAGUUUCCAUUUGUUUUGAACGUGGCUUUAAGUGUAGUGUAAUGCAUUUAGUCCUGGUCAGGUCACAUGGUCAGGAUUAACUUCCUGGCCCUAUACAGUAAACGGAAAAUGUGCCUGAAAAUAUUCCUUUUAUGUUCUUUUAGAGAGAAGGAGGCCUUCAGAGGGUUUUAUAGUAGAGAGCCCCAAUACUAAAUGGACCCCUAGACCCUACAUCCUUUGUAUGCAUUUGCAGAGAUCUCAGCGAAUUGGACACAUGUAAGUAUAUGGUAAAAAUACCAUCUAGUCAAUCAGUCGGCCAGAUGGUGCUCCUACCAUAUUGCGUAUCUAGUCAUCUAAGAUUUCCACAAGCCCCUAUGUUGUAGGCGUCCAUUUGGGAUAGGACCGGGGAGAAUGACAAUAAAAAAGCGGGGCUUAGGGACCGUCCCUUCAUAUUAAAGAGCCCUAAUUUAAUGGUAAUAAUGGCUGUUGUCCUAUUCGCUACCCUUCUCCUAAAGUGUGCAAUUGUACACUCCCUAACAUGGAUUUAAAAGGAAUUGACUGGUGUAAGGAGCAUGGUGGAAACUUGUUUGCACCAAUCCAAUCCUUAUAAAUGCAUAAAGGGGGAGUGUACACUAGGUAAAGGGUACAGAAUCGCAAUGAAACCAAUCUCUGCUUGGGGAACAGGGUACGUACACGCCAGGUAGUGAGCUGGGAUUAAAGUUUUAGUUUAGUUUGGACUUUUUGUGUUUUUGUUGCAUUGUUUCAUUUUAAUUAGUGAGAAAUAUGUUUGAGUAUUGAGUAAUAUAUCCUGAUAUGACAGAAUAUAUGAUUAUAUCAAUGCCAUUACUUAAGAGCUGACUGAGUCAGUUUAUCCAACAUUUCUCUUUUGAAUAAAUUGAUCUUAAUCCUGAUCUUGAUCUUAAACUCGAUCUUGAUUUGGUGGUGAUGAUUUGUAGCGUACUAGGAUCAGUGCUCUUGUUCCUGUUGUUGUGUAUCCAAAAUGGUACCCUAUUUCCUACAUGUAUAUAGUGCACUAAGCCCAUAGGGCUCUGGUUAAAAGUAGUGCACUAUAUAGGGAAUAGGGUACCAUUUCAGAUGCAAACUAUGUAAUAUUGUGUGUGUUGAGACCUCUUCUCCCCAUUCCCUACCAAUCAGAGACCAGAGAAGCCCUGGCUGGAACAGAAGUGGCCUAUCACGAUACAAGAGAGAAACCUUAAUUAACACGGGCAGAGGAGACACACCUUAACCCGCCCAUGCAGGCUCUAACGUUAGAGAUUUAAGCUUUUUCAACCUAAUAUCAACAAACAAACGAUCCAACCGAUUGAUUUAAAGUGUUCGAUUCUGCCACUGUUAGAUUCAUAAGGUAGAAAUACACGUGCUCAUAUCAUAGUCACCCCAAAUGGUACCUACCUCCUGGUUCAUUAUUCAAACUGUUAAAACAUUUAACGUUAGAUCUAUUCAUGAGACGUGUUUUCUGGACAGGUGUCCUGGUAGCUGUGUGUAUGCAGUUAGCCUUAUUCCAUUCUUCUUCUCUCCAGAGGCAAAGAAUGUGAUCCCAAAUGGCACCAUAUUCCAUAUGUACUGCCCUGGGCAAAAGUAGUGCACUAUAUAGAGAACAGGGUGCCAUUUGGAAUGCAUUAAAUUAGCGCACUACAUAGGGAAUAGGAUUCCAUUUGGAAUGCAUUAAAUUAGCGCACUACAUAGGGAAUGGGAUUCCAUUUGGAAUGCAUUAAGUUAGCGCACUGCAUAGGGAAUAGGAUUCCAUUUGGAAUGCAUUAAAUUAGCGCACUACAUAGGGAAUAGGAUUCCAUUUGGAAUGCAUUAAGUUAGCGCACUACAUAGGGAAUAGGAUUCCAUUUGGAAUGCAUUAAGUUAGCGCACUACAUAGGGAAUAGGAUUCCAUUUGGAAUGCAUUAAGUUAGCGCACUACAUAGAGAAUAGGAUUCCAUUUGGAAUGCAUUAAAUUAGCGCACUACAUAGGGAAUAGGGUGCCAUUUGGAAUGCAUUAAAUUAGCACACUACAUAGGGAAUGGGAUUCCAUUUGGAAUGCAUUAAGUUAGCGCACUACAAAGGGAAUAGGAUUCCAUUUGGAAUGCAUUAAGUUAGCACACUACAUAGGGAAUAGGAUUCCAUUUGGAAUGCAUCAAGUUAGCGCACUACAUAGGGAAUAGGGUGCCAUUUGGGAUGCACACAGAGAAAGCUAUAGAUAGAGACACUGGUGAAACCUUUUUAUGUGGAAUUGCAGCAAUACCCAAAUCAUACUGGCUACUCUUGUUCAUUGCAAUAAUACAAAUCAACCAAUGAAAUAUGUAUGUGAGUUCAACAUUAGAAAUGUAAUUUAAAAUAAAAAUUAACUUUAUGAAAAUGCUAUUGUGUCUGUCGAGAGAAAGUAAUGGUACCCCAAAAAUAUAUAUAUGUCAAUAAAUCAUUAAAAUGACAAAUGAAACCUC